AGGGAGGGAUGGCUUAGGACUGGACGUCGCGGCAGAGGGCGGCUUGCAGAGCGCCGCGGAAGGGACCCUCGGGCGUCUAAGUCCCGGCCUCCGCACCCCUGAGAGCCGGGUCGCCGGGACCGCGACUUCCCGGAGACUUCUCUGCGCCCCCUGGAACCGCGCCGCCCGCGCCCAGGGUGGUGCCAUGUGGGGCGGACGCCGCUCGCCCGCCGCCUCCCCUCGGAACGCCGCUUCGCUCCUACAGCUGCUGCUGGCCGCGCUGCUGGCGGCGGGGGCGCGGGCCAGCGGCGAGUACUGCCACGGCUGGCUGGACGCGCAGGGCGUCUGGCGCAUCGGCUUCCAGUGCCCCGAGCGCUUCGACGGCGGCGACGCCACCAUCUGCUGCGGCAGCUGCGCGCUGCGCUACUGCUGCUCCAGCGCCGAGGCGCGCCUGGACCAGGGCGGCUGCGACAACGACCGCCAGCAGGGCGCCGGCGAGCCCGGCCGGGCGGACAAAGACGGCCCAGACGGCUCGGCAGUCCCCAUCUACGUGCCAUUCCUCAUCGUUGGGUCUGUUUUUGUCGCCUUCAUCAUCUUGGGGUCACUCGUGGCUGCUUGCUGCUGCAGAUGUCUCCGGCCAAAGCAGGAGCCCCAGCAGAGCCGCGCCCCUGGAGGGAACCGCUUGAUGGAGACCAUCCCCAUGAUCCCCAGUGGCAGCACUUCGCGAGGGUCCUCCUCCCGCCAGUCCAGCACGGCGGCCAGCUCCAGCUCCAGCGCCAACUCAGGGGCCCGGGCGCCCCCAACAAGGUCCCAGACCAACUGCUGCUUGCCCGAGGGGACCAUGAACAACGUGUAUGUCAACAUGCCCACAAAUUUCUCUGUGCUGAACUGUCAGCAGGCCACCCAGAUUGUGCCCCAUCAAGGGCAGUACCUGCACCCGCCAUAUGUGGGCUACACGGUGCAGCAUGACUCCGUGCCUAUGACCCCCGUGCCCCCUUUCCUGGACAGCCUGCAGACGGGCUACCGGCAGAUCCAGGCCCCCUUCCCGCACACUAACAGUGAACAGAAGAUGUACCCAGCUGUGACUGUGUAACUCGGGGUGCCGGCCGGGUCCCUUUACGAGACCGAGGAGCCCAGGGAGGCUGUGGACUUGGAAAUGAUUCUCUAAGAGGAAGUCCUCCCACCUUGCUGGUGCAGACAGCCCCGUUCUGUUGGAUGACUUCAUUUGGCCCCCAAGUGUAUGAAAACGUCUCUUCCCGAAUUAGCCUUUCUGCCUGCGUUUCAUCCCAGCGCAUGAUCAAUUUAUGAUGGAAAAAAGUAUCAACUGGAGAUGACUGUGUUGUUGCCCUUGGUUGUGUGACAGAUCAAGGCCUUAAGUGCCCUGGAAUUAUGGCUGUCAGAGGAGUUUUGUAACUGGGUAGGCUAAGGGGUCUUAUUAUAUCUUCAUUAGUGUUUCUUUCUUGUUUUUUGACAAAGGUCAAACACAGGGCAGAACACCUGUUCCCUCCCCUUGACCUGGGGAAGAUUCUUACAAGCAUCCAAGUUUCAGGGGAAGACCUAAAGAACAGAACUCUGAUGCAAGGACAGCCAGUUGGAAGUCCCUGAGAUUAGUCCUUGAUCUCAGUGUUUCCCAGGCACAUCUUAAUUUCACUGUAAAAAGAUAUAUAUAUUUUGUCUAUUUUUGUGCUUUUUGGGGGGGUCUAUUUUGUGCUUUUUUUUACCUUGUGUAGAGAUCUUAUUACAAAGUGAUUUUCUACAUUAAAAAGAGACCGAAAGAAAUUGUAUAGUCACUUAACUAAUGGCAUUUCAGAACUCUGGGAUUAUUUUAAGCUUGGAAGGAGCGGCUGGUGUAGUAAUACACCCGUUCCUCUCACUCUCGAUAGUACCCUCUAAUUUGCUGACUUCACAGUGACAUCUGAGAAGAAGCAAUUAGAUGUUUUUAUUUUGAAAUCAUAAACUCUCACCUGCUGCUUCUCCAGGUUACUUUGAAUUUUACCGUGGUAUGGCUUGGCAUUCAUUCUUUUUGGCUUUCGAAUCUCCAUGUCUCCGUAGUACCGUGCGCAAGUAAUUACUGUUAGAAAUGAAGACCAGCAUUUCUGCCUAGAUCUGUAAAACAUUUUCUUGUUUCCCUAUAAAAAGUCAAAGAAAUGCUUUACAAAGAUGCUUCAUCUGGCUUCUCAGCCAUAACCUGAGACUUGGGAUGAAAUUUAAACCACGAAUAGAAUUUACUUUGCAAAUCAUAAGGCUUUUUAUACUCUUGUUAUCAAAAUGGCUUAUUUUUCAGGCAGUGGGGACUGUUGAGUCAAGAGAAAAGCUUUUCAAAGAGAUAUUGCCUUUCUUCCCCCACAAAGUUAGUUUUUGUUUUCCUCUCUCUUUUAGUCCUCAGCAAGCACUGUAUUCAUUACUAAUGUUCUGAAUUAUGAAAUUCAAGUGAGUCUGUGUAUUGUUUACUUAAAAGAAAUAAGUCUAAGUGUGUGCAAGAAAUUUCCAACUGCUGGCAAAACCGAAGUUUGCAAUUAAAACAUUGUAAAGUGUGGUCUUUCA